UUUCAAACCAGUUUUUUUUCUUUUGUCUCGCUAGUUACUACUAGAGUUUUUACUUUUAGUCUGUCAGUUGAAAAUUGACGGUCAUAAGAGAAACUUACUGCGUCGGAAAAUAAAUCACAUCACAUCAUGACAACUUUGCAAGAAAGUUUUGAGGCUGCAGCCGCUGAAGUCAAAUCACUCACCAAAAGGCCUACCGAUGAAGAAUUAUUGGAGCUUUAUGGAUUUUUUAAACAAUCUGUAGAAGGAGAUAAUAAUACAAGUAAACCCAGUUUAUUUGAUUUGAAAGGAAAAAUGAAGUGGGAAUACUGGAAUAAACAAAGAGGCACAACCAAAGAAGAAGCUCAAGAAUCGUACAUUGCAAAAGUCAAUGAAUUAAUACAUAAAUAUAGAGAAUAACGAUGUUUUAAGACUUAAAAUAAUUUUAUAAUGAACAAUAUGUGUUACAACAUAUAUUAUUUAUUCUUGUAUUUAAAAAACCAAUAAUGUGAUAUCAUACAAUAAAUUUUAUAGUAAUAAU